AACCAAACCAAGCUUAGUUGAUCAUUCCUUACGCUAGACAGAAACAGUGUUUAAAAUGUAUCAACAAACUCGUGGCGUCGUCAAACGGCAUCCCGUUGCCGCAAGUGUACGCUGCAGCUUUUGUUUGUCAAAGUCGAAUUUGUUUUCGUUAUUUCCCCUCGACCAAUUUCCACAUCCUUACAUGAUACAUUUUAUCGAUAGCUAUUUCGGUUUUGGACUGGCACCGGAAACUGAUAAAGACUUUCAACUGUGUAAAAAAUGUAUCAAAACCAUGGAAAAUUUCGUUGCAUUUCGAAAUAAAUGCCGUCGAAAUUACUAUCAGCAAUAUGUGUGGAGAUCGAUUCGCAAACCGAAGAUUCUAGUGGAAGCGCAAGAAACAUUGCCUUCUUCUUCCCAUUGUAGCUUAACCGAGGUUACGAAUCAACCGCACAACGUAAUGGUCAAACUAGAGCCUACCGACUGCGUUGCCGCUUGCGAUCGUCCCGGAACUUCGAAAAUGAAUGGUUCUUUACAGUUUAUAUCAAGCGGCACAUUAGGUCCCAGACCAAGUUCCCGUUCACUCAACGGAAACAAUGGUGCGAAGCGGCGGUCAGCAACUGUUCAAAAGAAAGACCCAAAGAAACCCGCAUUACAACAAAAGGUUAAUGGCGACUCGAAAAAGGGAGCAAAACACAUUCGACUCAUCAUGAACCGCACUCGUCCAUCGGAUGAAAACAUGCCUUAUGUAGAAGAAAAACCAACGCUGUUAAAACUGUUAAAUCCAGUGGCAGCCUGUACCAAUGACUGCGACUCUCGUCCUUCCAAGCUAAGCAACAUAACUUUAAAGAGCAACCGCAAUGAAAACGUUGAUCCGUGCAUACGUUCGUGUGUGGUUAAAAUUGAAAAACUAAAUAUUCGUAAGUUUGGGAACAUUUGUUACAGCGCUACUUAG